AUGUCAAGCUUCAUGUCCGGAGCCAUUGAUCCAGCGUUGUUGAGCGGGGGCGGCAACACCAAUACCAACAACGAAUCAGCCUCAACACCAGCUGCCGAUAACAGUAAUAGUAAUACUAAUCCAACGACUGCCACUGGACCAAGCACUGCUGGAAUCAACGAUCAACAAACUGGCCAAUCAAGCUCGGUCGAAUCUAACGCCCUUCCAGCUUACCAAGAACUAGCACAAUUCUUGUUGAAGAUGGAAGAAUACAAGCCGGUGAUCCCGGAUGAAGUGGCGGCCUAUUAUCUGCAGAGGGUAGGAUUCGAAUGCACGGAUCUGAAAGUUCAAAGGUUACUGGUCCUAGCUUGCCAGAAGUUCGUCUCGGACAUCGCCCAAGACGCGUUCAGCUACGCCCGCACAAGGACUGGGCAGGCUCCCGGAGGCCGGCAGGGUCCUCUCGCACCUAACUCUAACUCAGCUGGCCUCGCAAACGGCGCUCCCAACAAUCCGGGCGCUCGGAAGGACCGUACUCGUACCGUUCUUACUCAGGAAGACCUUUCUCAAGCUCUCGCCGAGUACGGUAUCAAUGCCAGUCGAGCUCCUUAUUAUCUAUGA